AUGAAGCAGCUAAAACUUGAACCUUUAAUUUUAACACUUGUGGUGGCGGUCACCGCUGCAGCGAAUGAUGCUAGCACUAGCGCAGAAUUAUUCAUUUCGUGGAAAGACCUAAUAGUGACGCGAAAUGACAUCAAGAGUGGUAGAGCUAUCGUGGUUGAUCAAAACGGACGUGGAAAUUCAAUCACAAUUCAAGGAGCUGUAGAUUUGAUCCCUGCCAACAAUGAAUCACGAAUGAAAAUCCUUGUUUAUACUGGAACUUACAAUGAAACAGUGGAAAUACCAGCAAACAAGUCGUAUGUAUCAAUCAUCGGAAGACCAAAUACAAGAAAUGGCGAUUUCCCAGUGAUCACAAGUUGUCGAAAGGCGUCUGAUACAGAUCAGUCUGGGAACAUGUUAGGAAGCAUGAAUACUGCAACCGUUCUGGUUCAAUCCAACUAUUUUGUUGCUGCCGCUCUAACCAUUGAGAAUAGUGCAGUUCCAAGUGGGCAUGGAGAUCAAGCAUUGGCGAUAAGAAUAGACGGAGAUAAAUCUGUGUUUUACAAAGUGAGGUUCUUAGGGUAUCAAGACACUCUUAUGGAUAAUAUUGGAACUCAUUUAUUUUAUCAUUGUUACAUUGAAGGAAGCAUCGAUUUCAUCUGUGGAAGUGCCACAUCGUUGUAUCAGGACUGUACAAUAAACUCAACAAGAGCAGGAGCAAUAGCAGCACACGAAAGGAACACAGAAGAUGAUUCAGGUUUUAUCUUUGAGGAUUGCAAAAUCCUAGGAACUGGACCCACCAUUCUUGGGCGAGCUUGGGGCAAUUAUUCCAGAAUCAUAUAUUCCUUCUGCACAUUCCACAAUAUCAUCGACCCUGUAGGCUGGAGUGAUUGGGAUAAUCCCUACAAACAGAACACCUCCUUUUUCGGAGAGUACAUGAAUCAGGGACCUGGAUCAAACAGAAUUGGAAGAGCUUCAUGGUCCAAAUCUUUGUCAGAUGAUCAAGCAAUUCGAUAUGUCGGUAGAACCUUCAUCAAAGGACACGAUUGGCUUAAAAUAUAG